UAUCCCUUCUCGCACCUUCGCUCCCUCCUAUAAAUAUACUUUUUCUUCCGCACCGAUUUCGUCUUCAGCAAGAAAAAAAACAUCAGCAGCUCUGCAAACACAACUACACAAGCCUCUCGUUUUUUCCAAGCACCUACCCUAACUGAUCCAUGGCGUCUUCUUUCGUUCUCAAGAGAUUCGUUUCUUCUACUCUACUCCCCAGGUCUUUCAGCCGUACCACCAUCGUUCCGACUGCCUCCUCAGCCUCUCGCUUCUUCAACACCAACGCCGUUCGUCACCGGGACGAUGAGUCCGACGCCCGCGACCUCGACGUUGACCGUCGAUCUGUUCCUCACCGCCGCGAUUUCUUCUCAGAUGUGUUUGAUCCGUUCUCUCCAACAAGGAGCUUGAGCCAGGUUCUGAACCUGAUGGACCAAAUGACUGAGAAUCCGUUCUUUGCUGGGACACGUGGCGGCCUACGCCGAGGCUGGGAUGCAAUAGAAGACGAAAACGCUCUGAAACUCCGAAUCGACAUGCCAGGGCUAGGAAAGGAAGAUGUGAACGUGUCAGUGGAACAGAGCACACUGGUGAUCAAAGGUGAAGGAGCGAAAGAAGCUGAUGAUGAAGAAAGCAUUCGAAGGUACACUAGCAGAAUCGAUCUGCCUGAGAAGAUGUACAAGACCGAUGAGAUCAAGGCGGAGAUGAAGAACGGUGUGUUGAAGGUGGUGGUGCCCAAGGUAAAGGAAGAGGAGAGGAGUGACGUGUUCCAGGUAACAGUUGAGUGAAAGCCGAAAGGCCUCAGUGAAUACUUCUUGUGAUUUGUAGUGAGUGUCGUUUGAGGUAAUAAUUGCAAGCUGAUUGUAAUCCCGUUAAUGGUUUCUUUUUUCUUAAUUAGUGACAACUAAAAACAGUUACUGGUUUA